AUGAUCUACCAAGAAGAAGUGAGACGUCAACGAGGAUGGGAUGAAGAGCUUAGCUCACAGAAUUCCGUAAAAUGGAAUGCAUGGCUCAGUGAACUAAGGGAAUUGGAAGGCUUCUGUGUCAACAGGUGCAUAGUGCCUAUGAAUCUUGGAAAAAUCGGCAGUGUGCAGCUACAUCAUUUCUGUGAUGCAUCCACAAAGGCGUUUGCAGCCGCUUCUUACUUGAGGAUACAAGAUGUGUCGGGCAUCACUCACUGUGCUCUCAUGUUGGCAAGAACAAGACUGGCUCCAAUAAAGACAACCACCAUCCCCAGACUGGAGUUGUCAGCAGCAGUCCUGGCAGCCACAUCAGAUGCAAAAUUGCGGAAGGAGCUCUCUUUGCCUAUUGAUGACUCCGUGUUCUGGACUGAUAGUACUAUUGUUCUGCAGUACAUCAAAAACACCUCCCGUCGAUUCCACACAUUCGUUGCGAAUCGAGUGGGGAUUAUACACAAAAAUUCAUCUCCCCAACAGUGGAGACAUGUAAGAUCAGAGCUCAACACAGCUGAUCCUGCUUCCAGAGGUCUAUCAGCUAUAGAGUUAAUGCAAAGAAAGGAUUGGAAGGAAGAGGCAGAAUUUCUCCUCUUACCUGAAACCUCCUGGCCUCUUCCACCAGAACUUCCUGGGAUUUCAAAUGAUGAUCCUGAAGUUAAGAAUAUGACAAUAUCAUUUGCAGCUGGCGCAAUUAAAGUCGCACCUGUGGACCCACUGUUUGAGCGAUAUUCCUCGUGGUAUAAGCUGCAGCGAAUUGUAGCAUGGCUACGUAGAUUCUGUUCAGCAUGCAGAAAAAAGUGUUCACACCAGGACUCUAACCUCAGCGUUAUGGAGGUCCAAGCGGCGAGGAUGGUUAUCAUCAGACAAGUGCAAAUGACCUGCUUUGCUGAAGAGUUGGACAUAUUGAAGAAAAGAAAAAAUUUGAAGGAUCAUCCUGUAACCACCUUAAUAGUUCAAGACAUUCAUGUGUUCCAUGCGAGGCACUCUGGCAGAGAACACACCUUAGCAGAAUUACGGAGGAAAUAUUGGAUAGUGGCGGUAUGUAAAAGACACACAGAGAAGCGAUUUGGUUGUGUCUUUACAUGCUUCAGCACCAGGGCUGUCCAUAUUGAACCCUUGAAGUCUCUAGAUGCUAGCACCUUUCUCAACGCACUUAUGUGCUUUAUAGCCCGUAGAGGAACCCCUAUGAAGAUCUACUCUGAUAGAGGAACAAACUUCUUGAGGGCUGAAAAGGAGCUCCGAGCAACAGUUCAUGCCUGGUCUAAGAACAAAUCCAUUGAUGACACAUGUAAACAGAGGGGCAUUGAGUGGGUUUUCCAGCCCCCUGCAGCAUCCCACAUGGGAGGCGUGUGGGAACGGCAGAUUCGAACCAUACGGAAGAUUCUCUCUUCGAUCAUAGGCAUGCAGAGAAUAGAUGAUGAUCGACUACGAACCUUAUUUUUUGAAGUAGAAGCCACAAUGAACAGCCGCCCUAUUACCGCGAUCCCGGGCGAUGUCACAGAACCAGAAGCUUUGACCCCUAACCAUGCCCUGAGGAUGAGUGUAGGAGAUGGUAUCCAGGUGCAGACAGAUGACAAUGCUUCACUUGACAACACAUAUGGGCGAGCCUGGAUCCAUGCACAAGUCCUAGCAGAUAGGAAUCAGUGGAGGCUAGGGAGGGUGACGGAGGCUAUAGCCGGUGAAGAUGGCCUCGUGAGAAAGGCAAAAGUCCGGACUAGUUCUGGAGUCCUCGUCAGACCCAUAGUGAAGUUAUGCCUCUUAGAAGCAUCAUUAUCCUAA